AUGGCGGACUUCCCGAUCUCACUAGACAAGGCGAAAUACUUCUUGCAGUCCCAGUAUCAUGACGAGGAAAAGUGGGCCCUUAACAUGAAAUUGCUGCGUGCUGCAGGUCUGUUUGCAGGAUCAAUUCUUCUAAUGCGGAGUUACGGUGAUCUGAUGGCCAUAUGA